UGCAGGGCGCUGGAGCGAUUUCUGGUACGAUGGAACCUAAGAGUGACUCAGUGGACUUUUCUUUUCUCGACAGUGAACUAUCGUCCCUUAGCAUCAUCGACAUGGAAUCGUACCAUUUAAAAUCGGCCUUGCCGAGGGUGUCUCGGUCCAGUUUGUGGGUGACAGAAAACUUCAUGUGGAGCGAAGACGACGUGCUUGGCCAGGGGACAUUCGGCAUCGUGUACAAAGGCUUUAGGAAAAAAGACGGCAUGCCCGUGGCCGUGAAAAAAUUCAACAGGAUAAGUAACCUACGACCUGAAGAUGAGCGGAGACGUGAACUAGAACUUUUGCAGAAGCUCCAUCACGAGAAUGUGGUCAAGUUGCUGGCCAUUGAGAACGAUCAGAAGGAAAAAAAGUUUGUCCUCGUCACGGAGCUUUGCACUGGAAAUUCUCUUCAUAACAUUGUCAAGGAGCCUGAAAAUGCGUAUGGCCUGCCUGAGGACGAUUUUCUGCUGAUUUUGGAACACGUGGCAGCAGGCAUCAAGUACCUGAAGGAGGAGGGCGUCGUUCACAGAGACUUAAAGCUGGGAAAUAUAAUGAAGUACGAAGGAAUCGAUGGAUCGGUGCUCUACAAACUGAUCGAUUUUGGGCAUGCAAAAUGCAUCAACAAUGAUGAAUGCUUCGAUAGCAUUUGUGGAACGUCAUAUUAUAUCCAUCCGAAGAUUUAUGGAUGUUACCUGAAUGAGGAGACCAAAGAACCGUUUCCUGUUACAUUGGAGCUAUGGUCUAUUGGGGUGAUUAUCUACACCGUUGCUACAGGGUGUUUGCCAUUUAGGCUUAUUGAUCCAAAGGAUACAAAGGCCUUGUAUCUAAUUACAAAAAAUAAACCAACAGGGGCGAUUUCCGGCUGCCAAAAGUCAGCAGACUCCAAUUCAUUCAAUUAUUCAACAUCUCUUCCAGACAAAUGCCAACUGAGCAGAGACCUUAAGAAGCUAAUCACUCCUAUCAUUGCUAAACUGAUGGAAGUUUCGCUUUCCAAAGCAUGGAGUUUUGAGGAAUUUUUUGCUUCAAUCGAGCAAAUCAACAAAGCAAAACAGCACAUGAUUUGGUGUUGGCGAGUGCAUGAGUUUGAAAUGCUAAGACUGUAUCCCGAAGAUGAGGUUUGGACAGCUGAGAAGCUGAGCUCCAAUAUUGAAAACAUGACAUCAAUUCCUGCAACUCAACAGACACUACUCCACGAUAAUGUCAACAUUGUAUCAGAUAAGCGGCCCCUGAUAACCACGGAGAAAAAGCCAUUCUUUUUGUUUUGUCGAGGAGAUAACAUACAAGAACUGCGUGACGAUGGCAAUGAUUUGGUGUUUCCAUCAAUGAAUACAAAAAAACUUGACAGACAAAGAGACUGCUCCAAAUCAAAGCAAUGCGCAAUUCUCGCCUAUGACUUGAAACGACAAGCUGAUCACUUCUCCCUUGCUGCAAGGAUGACAAACAAAGCAGCUAAUCAUUUUCGCAAACACAUUGCUAGAGAAGCUGCUAAAUUGGACUCUUUGCUAAAGCAAAUACUCCAAUCCUCUACCAGUACCAAACAGCAAAUCGAAAUUAUUAUGAAGAUUCAGAGACUUUUCGAAAACAAAGACACUGCAAAGACGGACGUUCUUCAAAGUGACAUAUUAAACCUGAACAUUGAACUCGAAGAACAGGCUUCAGCUAUUAGGAAGCUGAUGAAUUCAAUUCCAAAUAUGAACAUUCCGGAAAAUUCAAUAACAACAGGAGUGGCCACGAUGAAUACAUUGGCUCUGCGAUUGAAAGACAGUUGGCAGAAGCUGGAAUCCAAUUUAUAUCAAACUUUGUCUUACAAGGAAGAGGAGCAUUUCAAAUUGGAGAAGAUAAGAGUUUCCAGCGCGUGCGAAGAGAUAAAUUAUUUAAUGGUUUCUAUAAUUUUGCCGUUUGCCAGUGACCUCGCUCAGACUCUUUCAAAUUGGCACAAAGAAUCGCAGGAAUAUUUCAACAGGGCUGAAAACUUGGAAGUAAACAUAAUUGAAAUCCAAACAGCAUUGAGGGAAAUCCAAGAGAGGUUUGACAGCACCAAGGAACAGCAAAUUUUGUCGCUUCAAACUGAGAAAAAGGAUUCCAAAAUUGCCCAAAGAUUGCAGUGUGCAAUUCAGGACCAGGAUUUAUCUAUAGUCCAAUUGCCUGAUAGCACAAACUACCUUAGACGAAUCGUGACACAAAUAUUCGCCCAGCACCAAGAAAUGACGAAAUUGAUCAUGGAAAGCAAAAAAAUCAAUUCUGACACCAGAAAAGUGAUAGAAAACAUAAUAGCUCCAGAAAUGAGAAAUGGGGAUUUCCCAAAUGUUUAAUAUUAUGCAAGUUACGGUGUAAAUAUUAGCAUAUAAUAAAAUAUUGAGUUUUAUUUGCAAUA